GCUUACAUGAUUGGAGAAAUAUCGACUUUUUGCUCACAAUACUUUUUGCCUACAAUUGAAACCCGGUUGAAUCGUGAGUCGCGUAAUUUUGCCCCAGACAUUCCUAGUUAUACCAUGGUCGACUCUCGAUUAAGCAUUUUCAAAGUUCCAUCUCGAAGAUUAUUCGAAAAAAGUGGUCAACGCAGGCCUUUGACAGAUGAUGAGAUGCGUAUUGCUCAUAAUUACAUCUUGAUCAAUUGUGUUGAGGUUCUACCUUUUUUAAGGUUGUUUGAAAAUUAUGUGAUCCAAAGCCAAGCUGAUAUGGAUGAUGGAGCAUUUGAAAGGUUUAGGGAUCAACAUUUUGCUAAGUGGUUUAAAGAUUAUGUGAGUAUGAUACGAGAAAAUUUUGUAUUACCAAAGUGUCUUCCCCUGUGAAUUAGUUAACAAAUGAAUUUAUCAAUGUAGGU